CUCCAUCGUCAGCAGCAUCGACUUCUGCCUGGCGCAACUGAUGUAACAUAACGCUCGCAGUCCUAAGCCUGCUUACUCUGGAGGCGAGGUCGGCCGGUCGAUCGGUCGCUUGGUCGGCCAGCCAACCACCACCAUCCACAACCAUGCAGCGUCCGUAGGUAGAUACCCACAUCACCAGCAGCACCAUCACCCAUUCGCCAUCCCCAGCCUCAACCCUCCACCCGCACACGCAACCACCACCACCACCACCAGCAGCGUUCACCACCACCACCACCACCACCACCACCACCACCACCACCGCCGGGCCCACGAAACUCACUCAGAACGAUGACGACGCACCACAGCCCCAGCCUGGGCAAACGUAUCGGACAAUUCGCGAUCGACCUGUCGGUCGCGAUUCUGUGCUGCCCAUGCAUAGCGUGCGUCUUGAUCCUGCGGACGGGGCGGUCGCGGGGGGUGCGGGCGACGACACACCACGUCCUUUUGACCGCGUCCGCGCCCCCGCCAGCGUACAUCUCGAUCCCCGACCCGUCGAACGAAAACUCCGUCGUCGUCGACAAGCUCAUGGACCACCUCAUGCACGAGGGGAACCGGGUGUUCCAUCUGCGCCCCGACACAGGCGUCCUGGAGUCUGGGAAUCUCGCCGCCGCACAUUCCGGCUUCGAGGUCGUCGGGAAACCAACGUUGGUUGCGACCCUGCCGAGGGAGAAGUGGCGCCCGCUGCUGGCGCAGUUCAUGAGUGCGAGAGAUCAGAUUACGGAGAACAGUGGGGGCGCGUGGAAGGGGAAGGAGAAGAAGAGUAGGUGGGCGAAGAGGGAGAAGAGCUGGGUUGACAGGUGCUGCGAAGUGCUGAAGGAGUGGGGCGAGCAGAAGGGGAGUGUCGAGGAUGGCGGGUGGUUCGAGGUUUGGAGUGCCGAUGUCACCACGCCUCAGGUGGCUGCGGUGGUGGAUCAGAAAAUCGCCGGCGCGGGAGUUGACGUUCAGUUUGCGCACGAUAUGAAAUACAUGUGGGCAUCACGGGCCGUCGCACGCGAUCAGGCGUUGAUCUGGUUCACGACCACAACUCCGGUACAGGAUCUGUUUGAGGGCUCGUGGCAGGACGACUUCGUGCACGGCCAGGCUGAUGGCAUUCACGUGGACGUCAGUGGGUGGUUCAGGCUCGUCGGUCCGCGGAUGUCGACUGAUAGUGGACGUGCCGAUGACAUAAUCAUAUAGCUCUCUCCCUCUCUCUCUGUCUCUCUCUCUCUCUCUUUUCUCACUUCUGGUUUGAUAUGAUAUGUUUGCGUUGGUGCGCUGGUACGAUCGAUGGAUUGUUUGUUUACAUAACGAAAUGGCUCUCUAAACUAAAGAAUCAAAAGUCAUGGUUUAAUCGCAUAGAUCUGGUACGCCCCCACAUACUCGUUCAGAUCGAGCUUCUCGAGCCUCUCGCGGUACGCACUGCCCGUGGCCCCCUGGGUUUCGGCCGUGUCUCUAACAUCAGCUCCGCAGCAACCU